CUUCACUCUACAGAACAAAUGCGUUGGCGCGUAAGAAGGAGCGACAUGAAAACUGCGCAACAGACUCAAGGAAACAUACUUCUUGACGAAUAGUUUCCACUUUCAAACUUCUAUCAAAACUCGUUGUCAAUGGUGAUGUUGUGUAGUUAACGGAGGCUGCAAAUUCUGAUCAUGGACUACCUGAACCUGGGCUGUCCGGUCUGCCUCACCACAUUUAAACUCCUUUUUGAUAUGAAGACCCAUUUUCACUCAAAUGGACAUGUGCAGAAAAUGAUAGAUGUCUUCCAUCAAGAUUCAAGAUUCAAUUUUAGGUUCAAGGGUCAUGGCAUCUUUCCCCACAUUGAGUUGGUCUGUUCGCGAGCCAAGGCUGAAAUCACACAGCCCAUAAUAGGCAUGUCGAUGUGUUUCAGUCGAGAGUCAAAUACAUCUUUUUACCUGUGCCAUGUCUGUGAGGUAAAGUGUCAAUCACAGAGGAUUUUACAACACAUCUCUUCAACUGACCACUCCAGAAACUACUUUUGCUACAUAAACCCCAACGCACUGAAUUUCUCCUGGAUCCCCAACAAACAAUGGAGAGACGUCCGGAAUCCCGAGUUCAGAAGGAAGGGAAGCAGUAUGGGAGACCUACAGGUGUUGGAAUUACCUGGAAACCUGUUUAAACAAGUGGAAAGAAGCACCUACUCGGAGGUGGCUCACAUUCUCAGUGAAAUUGAGAAUCUUCCCAAGAUGAAUGAAGUUUUCAAGACCGAGAGGAUGACGAUACAAACAUACCAAAAGGACAGCACAAGGGAACAUCCUCUUCUUGGCAUGCAGCACCUGAUUGAAUGCAUUUGUGUCGGUGAAACGAAGAAGAGAUACUACCUCUGCACGCUCUGCAAGAUAACUGUGGCCGCCCACGGGAUCAUCAAACACGUACUGAGUUUCGACCACAUCUUUUCUUACUUCAAAGCGUGGCACCCGUCAACUGUGCAGUCAAAGGAAAUUUUCAUCACUAACACAAAAAACCUUGGCUCCCUGAUGCUUAAUUUUGCAAAGCAGACAGACGCAAUUCAUGGUACUUCAAACAUGGAUAUGAAGCAAGUGAGCCUGGAGCCUGCCAAAUUCUCAUCCAUUAAAAGCACCUCUUAUAUAGAAGUUUUGAAGGAGCUGGAAUCGAUCACAAAGGAAAACAAUGAGAGCAGCUUGAUGACAGUUGUCAAACCAGGGAAGAAGCUGGUUUUAAAGGAGCCUGAAUCCAUAACAAAGGAGAAAGAUGACAGCAGCUCGGUGACAAUUGACAAACAAGAGAAAACGCCAGCUUCAAAAGAGCUGGAAUCCAUCAAAAAGGAGAACGAUGAGUGCAGCGUGAUGACCGUUGUCAAACCAGAGAAUAAGCCGGAGGAACUUACUCCAUCAUACAAAAUACAGUGUCAGAACUGCAGUUGGAGCUAUUGCUUCAUCUCUCAAUAUCGCAGACACCUGUCGCUAAAGAAACAUCAAGAGAUGGUGACUACAUUUGUUGGCAAAGGAUGGGUACCUAAACUGCCGCUCUUCACUCUCCACACAGAAAGCUUGAAGCGAAAACCCCCUCUUAUUGGUGUUCCUCUGGUUAUGACGUUUGUCUGCACACAGUUUCAGAGCGAACCUUUUUACAUGUGCUUCGCUUGUGAGGAUUGCUUCUCUGAGUCUUCUUUCAGACAACACGUUGACUCCACAAAACAUCUCAUACACACAUUGCUGUACCAGAAUCCGUGGCGGCUUACUUUUGCUUGGAAAAACUGCCUUGAUAUAAAUCUUUUGAGAUCAAUGGCGUGGGAAGAGGAGAAGGAAAGAGGAACAAACCAGAGGAAGCUGAAGAUUCUUGAUGUACCAUACCGGAUGUUACAGGGCCUCGACGAGCUAAGUUACGCUCAAGUGAUGGAGAGAUUUAGUGUAAAUCACUUAAAGCAUGGUGUUCCUGAGCGGGAAACAUACAGCAAACUCAAACAAAACGAGAGAUUUCCUCUUCUCGGUAGUCACUUCCUGGUCAUGUACCCCAGCUGUGUCAAAGGGAAUCCUCACACAGAAAAGGGAUUCCUGUGUCUGCUCUGCGAGAGGAGGUUGUUAGGCGAUGAAUGCUACGCUCAUGUGUUCAGUUUUGACCAUGUGGCGAAAUUUCUAGAGAGUUUCCAUCCAGGCUCCACGAAUUCCAGCACUGAUACAGAGAUGUUGGAGGACUUGGCAAAACAAGCACGGUGCUUUCACCCCAUAUCACAUGUACAGGUUGUACAUAGGGAUGAGCCAAUCUGGGAUCCGUGCUCUUACUCUCAUAUAUUACACCUCCUGUCGUGUACAAAGUGGAGUGCUUGUCAAGCACUGCUUAAGCCCAAAAUUAAACCUGGAAGGAAGCUGGUCCCCAGAGGAACCCUGAAAAUUGUGGCCACAAGACAUGUGACAGACAGCAGUCAGAAGAACUGCAGGAUGAUGGAGGGGGGUCAAAAGUCUACAGAGAAGAGUGACACCACCCUGAAAAGAAAUCCUGUAAAAGUUGGUGCUGAAGUCACCAAUACACAGUUUGCAAAAAGUGGACAAAGUGCAGAAACGGGAAACAAGCAGAUUCCUACACCAAGUAAAAAAGAAUCAGAGAACAGAAAAGAAGGGCUUUCAAAAGAUGGUUUGGAGGAGAUAAAGUCUGCCGGUAGUGAGACAUGCCCUGAGAUCAAGAAGGAGAAGCUAGAAGAGCCUAUACUGAGAGAACCAAUUAGCGAGACCCCAGAAACCUGCAAAAACACAGACAAAAAGGAUGAAACAGAGAGUGGAAAAGAGAGGAACAAAAGCUGCAAAGAUAUCCUGAAACAGAAGAGGAUAAACUCACAUGAAGACCCUUGUCCUGUUCACGAUGUGAACCAAGAAAAGAAACAGACAAAAGGAAUUCUCUCCUCCAAAAAAGACUCAUCCAAAUCUCAAAAGCAGGUUACCGCCACAAACCAGGGAGGAAGUGGCAAACCAAGUCAGAAGGCUGAAAAGGACGAAAGUUCUUCAAAUGUGAACUUCCAACAAAAAGAACAGCUGUGGCAGUUUCUCAAGAAGAAGACUCGACACCCUGUGAUUGGCCUAAGUUCACUUCUUGAACUCAAUUGUGAUGAGCGUUACCCCCUCUAUCUGUGUGAGUGCUGCUCUCUGAUGAUCCCAGAGAAGGACAUCAUCAGCCAUGUUUCUGGAUUCUACCACCAGAAGUCGUAUCUGAUGAAGCUACAGAAACUCUCGCCUCUACCAGCGGUGCAACAGAUGAAUGCAAUCAGACAUGUUGCUGCUUUGAUUGAACAACAGAAUGGACAUGGAGAAGCUCAGGUUGUGGAUAUAGAGGAAGACAUUUACGAUAAAAUCUCCAAACAAAACUUUAAAUCAGCCAUAAGGACGGUUAAGGUACUUCAGGAUCAGUAUGAAAGCCCUUCAACGUCAGCUCCGUCUAAUGUUCAAUCUGUGGACUCGUCGGCUGCUCAACAUCAGCUCUGUUCGGGGGGGGACGACUACCAGGAGGUUAAUAUGAAGGUUGAGGAUUCAGACGACUCGCAGGCAGAGGCAUCCCGCAAAACUGCAGCCGCGGUGGCUCAAUUUGCAGGUUUUACUGAAACCACGUCCAAGACCUCCAUCUCCUCUGCAACCACCGCUAAUCUAACAGUAACCCACACCACUUCAACUGCAUCCAUCUCAAAUACGAUGUCAACAACAAAAUCUGCAACGUCGCCCAAACCCCUGGAAAGAAUCACUGGAGCUGCAGCCAAUGUUACAGCUAAGACUUCAUAUGAAGCUGCCGCAGCCUCCAACAACGAGUCCAUGGUAGUGCAUGGAGUCGCCUGCAAAACUGCUCCUGCUUUCACAAUGGAAGACACCUCCAGAAACUCUGAAAAUGUGUCCAUAGCUGUUGUCCCAACUAAAACCAUGGUGACAUCUGCAGCCAAUGUUAAAAAGUCAGUUCAAUGUGAAAAAACUGAAGCCCCCGAAGCUCCCAAACUGGCCACAAAUCCAACCAGAGGGCCAUCACAUGACUCCACAACUCCUAAAGUCGGAAUUGAAUCCAGUUCCAAAGUGGAGGGAAGACUUGCUGUGGGUCAGUUGGUCCGAGCUCAGAGCGUGAAGAGUCCAGAGUCUGGAGAUCGUGACCCGAUUCUAGACCAGGUUCCAUCGCAUUCGAUCUUAAAUAAAAAUGAGCCCGUUGCAUAUCCUGGCAUUCAACAGUCAGACAUUGCAGCCGUCAAAAUAGGGAAACAUCAGGAUUAUCAGCCUCCUCCUGCCCCUGGCUCUGCAGGCAGAUUUACCCAAAGCCUGGACACUAGACAGCAGCAGGAGAGAAGUGGUCCAGAGUUGGAGGACACAAGCAUGAAACUGGAAGGCUUCCAGAAAAGGGCAACAGCAGUGGCCAAGGAACAGCAGAACCAAACUAGAUCCAGCCAGAGGGUAGAACAUGUAUCGACGCAAGCACUCGCAAUGUUUUUAACAGGCGAAAGCAGUCAUUUGUCCACCUACCUGAGUGUACAGGGAAGUGACCGUGGACCAAUUAUAGGUCUAGGCUUUGUGUGGGAGUGUCAAGGGAUUUCUGUGAGCCCGUUCUACCUGUGUGAGAGCUGCGAGGAAAUGAUCAGCCAUUGUAAUAUCUGUGAACACAUGAGGAGCUAUGAUCACCAUUUAGAAUACAUUUGGAUGAAGCACCCAGACUUUCUGUACUUCUGGGAUUUUGAGUUUCUUCUUAACGAGAUGAAACAGGACAUAGUAGGGGGCAUUGCUCAGAUGCUCUCUAAACGGGAGCGUUACAACAGGGUGGAUGCACAGUGUAUACUGCUGAGACCGGGGGCAUUUGAACAAGUUAAGAGUCUUUCGUUCAGUGAAGCUUUAAAACUGGUUAAAGCCCUCAAGAAAGAUCCUAAACUCGUCUGGCGAACCAGCUCUACUCCACAACAAAAGGGAACAAGACAAGACACAGAGAAAUAUCAUUCUGAAAAAUACAUUGGAUAUUUGGAUGUGGUCCAAAAAAGAAGAGUCUUGAGUCCUCUGAAUGUGAACAGCAGCUCCUCGUAUGCCGACUCUGUUGUCACUCCCGUCUCGAAUGGUGUCUCCCCUGUUAGUCCCCAAGAAAAACCAGGACCGAGAGACUUUCAGCACCAGGCGCCUAUCCCAGAAUUGCAAGUAAAACAGGCAGAGGUACAUCUGGAAUCCCCAUAUUCCAUUAUUGUUGGACCUAAAACCAGUCAAACCCUGUCACCUCCCCCCCGAGAUCAAUGCCCUCCAACCAGAAAAAGACCAGCUGAUGAAUCAGUCAAAACUCUGGACAGAUAUGGCACAAGUAACCCCCAUCUCCAGGAUCCUUUGCUGGAAAAUGACAAACCAGCUGAAUGCAGUCAGCCCAGCUCUGAAUCAACCUUUGAGUCCUCUUUAGUUAACCCUGCUACAGCCCCCACCCUCCUGUCUCCCGAGGACCAGAACGCAGGACUUGGAUCUUGUGAACUAGACGAAUCCCCUGAGUACAGGAUGAAUUUUGAUCGCCUAAUGACUCUGGUGAGAAAGACUAAGUUAAAUAUUUCCGCUGACAAAUCACCUCUUCCUAAUGAUGAGAAUGCAACCUCCUGUACUUACAAUUCAUCUCAAAGGCUUAUGGAAAGCAGAUCGGAUCAAACGCGUGUGCAGAUAACAUGUAACAUGCCCACAAAAGACGUGACACAAGAUCCAGCCUCCGCCUACUCAUUUGAGGAGAUGUCUCCUACGUCUGCAGCUCCUGUGGACGAUGAGAAGCAACUUGACGCCCCUCAUGCAAACUUGGUUCUCGCCGCAAACGACUCCUUUCUUAAGGGCUUCACUUCAACAAGAGGCAACCUUUUGUCCGGAGGGACUGAAGUCCAAACAGUCAGUACAGUGUUACCUUCUGCCAGCUUUUCGGACCCAAUCGCCCACAACAACAGAGAAGUGUCGAAGCUCAGAGAAACCCUAAUCCCAUCUUCUGUGAAGUCCCCAACGUUAACCCAGGCACUGACAGACUCCACGAAAUGCCCAUUAACACCAUCAUAACUCCCAGGACUAACCAUCAAUUUAUGAGCAGCUAUUACAACCAGGCAUUCACUGAACUGAUCCAGGGAGAUCAGGUCGCUCGCAUGCUCCCUUCAGCUGGAACAGUAAGCCCCGGUGAAGCUUCCGGAGGCCAGUACAUCUUAAACGGACAGCAAAUGUUUAUUUCUCCCGACGCUGUUGGAAGCUACACAACACCAGACAAUAUUCCUGCAUACACAACAAGGGGGGUCUACCCAAGCCAGAUUUACCCACAGCAGGAAGCAAUGCGUUUCAAUAUGCAAUCAUUUGGACACACAGCGUAUCCUCCGCUCCCAGAAUGGGUGUUACUGGGAAGGCAGCAGCAGUGGCUCUUACAGCAGCAGCAGUACUCCUCAUGGAUGAUGGCUCCCCUGCCUUCGGGAAAUGUGGAAGCUAGCAAUGAUGCAGCCUAUGUAACACAGAAUUCUUCUCAAGUUUACUCGCAACCUCCGUUCAUUCACUAUCCUCCUCCAGCCAAUAGUGGAAUCAUAUCCCACGGAUCAGAAAACUCCUUUAUCGCCUCUGGCACAGGGUUUUUCACUCCGGUUCCUCAUAUGACCGAUAACUCUCCUCGCUGAAAACUACCUGUAAACACAAGUUAUUUUUGCAGUACACCUGUUCAAUACUGCUGUGUGUUCAGUUUUUUUUUUGUCAACACAAUGAAGUUAGAUAUGGGGCUUACAAAUCCCGUCCUAAUCAGUAAGAUGUCGUCCAGCCUUUGUUACAUUUCAAAUAAGGUGUAAAUUGUUAAUUGUCAUCUUGUUUUUUUAUUGGUUUGUGUUUUCACAUACACAUUAAUUGUAUUGAGUUAUGCAGUAUCAACAGGUUCAAUAUACUGCCAGUUCCUUCAAAACCUUUGCUUGCUUAACAUGUGAAGAAUGAGUUCGUAAAACAUUUCAGAAGGCAUGCUACUGUAGUUCUUUUUAGUUCUUUCAUUUUUUUGGUUUUGUGAUUUGUCUUUUAAUAAAAUUCCAUCAAAUGCA